AUGACAGCAUACAAGAACAACACCAUCUCUACUGGAGUUUCAGAAUUCCUCCUAAAUUGUUUUGUCAGGUCCCCCAGCUGGCAGCUCUGGCUCUCCCUGCCACUCAGCCUUCUCUUCCUUCUAGCCAUGGGGGCUAAUACCAUUCUUCUGGUUACCAUCCGGAUGGAGGCCUCUCUGCAUGAACCUGUGUACUACUUGCUCAGCCUACUGUCCAUGCUGGACAUCCUACUCUGCCUCACAGUCAUCCCCAAGGUACUAGCCAUCUUCUGGCUUGACCUCAGGUCCAUUAGCUUUCCUGCCUGUUUCCUCCAGAUGUAUAUCAUGAACAGCUUUCUUGCCAUGGAAUCUUGCACAUUUAUGAUCAUGGCAUUUGAUCGCUAUAUAGCCAUCUGUCACCCACUGAGAUAUCCAUCUAUCAUCACUGACCAAUUUGUGGUCAAAGCUGCCACAUUUAUUUUGGUCAGGAAUGCCCUUAUUCCUUUGCCCAUCCCCAUUCUCUCAGCCCGACUCCAUUACUGUUGGAAAAAUGUCAUUGAGAACUGCAUCUGUGCCAACAUGUCUGUCUCUCGACUCUCUUGUGAUGAUGUCACUUUCAAUCAAAUUUAUCAGUUUACUAUAGCCUGGGCUCUGCUGGGGACUGACCUCAUCCUCAUCUUCCUCUCCUAUACCUUCAUACUAAGAGCUGUGCUGAGGCUCAAGACAGAGGGUGCUGUGGCCAAGGCCCUGAGCACAUGCAGUUCCCACUUCAUCCUUAUCCUGUUCUUUAGCACCAUUCUUUUGGUCUUUAUUCUCACACAUGUAGCAAAGAGGAAGGUCUCUCCUGAUGUGCCAGUCUUGCUCAAUGUCCUCCACCAUGUCAUCCCUGCAGCCCUUAAUCCCAUUGUUUAUGGGGUGAGAACCCAGGAGAUCAAGCAAGGAAUCAAGAGACUCUUGAAGAAGGGGUGGUAA